AUGUCCGUCACCAACGAAUCGGCGCCUGAUGUCGAACAGACUCGACGCUCGGACGAAUUUCCACAGGGAUAUGGAGACGUCGAGCUCAUCAGCUCGGAUAAAGUCAUCUUCAGUUUCCAUCGAUACUUACUAUGCCAUUGCUCCCCCAUCUUCAAGGACAUGUUCGUCGUCGGCACCUCGAAAUCGCCUACUAACGACAGCAUACCGUACGUUAUACUUUCCGAAGAUUCCGCAACUCUCGAUGCACUUCUCCGCUUCUUCGACCCGGAGAAGGAACCACUCCCAAUGAACAAUGAGACGAUCGUGGGCCUUCUGGAGGCUGCUCGAAAGUACCAAGUUCCACGAGUGAUGAAGUGGUGGGAGAGAGAGAUGCAAAUAGAUCUCGUCGCGACUCAAAAGGCCAAACUGCAGCACCCGAUGCUCUGCCUAGUCCUCGCGGACCGAUAUGGAGUAAGGAACGUCGCGAGGGUAGCAGCACGGGAGCUCAUAAAGGCUCCGGCUGAUGAGCUCCAAGUCGAUUUACCAUUUGAAAGUCGGCUUUUGGUCUUAUUGGACACCCUUCGACGCGAACGAAUCACACAGCUGACCCAAAUCGUCGACAAGCUGGUCACGCAAGCAAUCAAGGCGUUUAUCACAAAGGCACUGUCAAAGUCAUCAAAUACAUCCGCCACCGCAUCCGCGUUAAAUGCAGGAAACGUUCACUCGACGCCUCCGAAAACACGAAAGAGCACCGACAGUGCUCAUCACGGACACGGCUCCAAAACGCUGGCAAAUUCGACGACAAGCCUCGAACUCCAGACCGUCUUGCUUAAGUUGACAUCGUGGACAAUCAACCUGACUAUGGCCGUCUCCAAGGAGCCCAACUGGGAGGUCGUGUCACGAGCUUUCGACGGUGACGAGCCAAUCGAGUGGCAACGUUUUAUGGAGAAGGCUGCGUUCAAAGUCUCCGAGACGCGGAUAACUCAGCUCGAAGCUGAGUUCCCGGUGUUACCCUCAUGGGUCGGAGAUGUAUAA